AUGGCGGACUUGUCUAUGUCUUCUCAUGCCAAAGGCUCUGAUGAGGUUAAGGAUUUUAUUUGUUUGUCAUGCAAAGAGCAAGCAAAAUUUAAUGCAGAUUUUUACUGCAAAACAUGUUUGAAACUGUAUUGUGGGAAAUGUAUUCAGUUGCAUGAUAAGUGGUUUAAAAAACAUUCAGCAUAUGGAAGGAAUGACAUGAAAGAAUGGCCAGUUUCAAAACUGGUGGAGGAAUUUCUGUUAAAGUGUGAAGCGCAUAAGGACGACAAAAUUGAAAUGUUAUGUGAUGACCACAGUCAUCUGUGCUGCACAAAGUGUGCCUUCAAUAAUCACAGCCAGUGCAGUAAAGUGACUCCAAUUAAUGAGCUGACCAACAAGCAGCCCACAGACCUACAGGGCCUGUUAGUGGAGCUGGAAACUGUCUUGGGAGAAAUAAAAAGUCUUCAGAUCAGUCAGGAGGCCAGCGUUGAGUCAUUGCAGAAAACAUACAAUGAACAUGAAGCAGUCUUAAUAGAACAAGUGUGUGGCAAUUUAAAUGCUGAUAUAGAUAAGUGGGGAAAUAAGUAUUUGGGCACAUCGGGGAAAAGUAAGCAAUAUAUAAAAGAAGACAUGUGUAGAAGUGUACUUUCUAUCUUGAAUGAAUUUGAUAAUAUUACUGUGAAGGAACUAAACGAGAUGAAAGUUGAAGUCAUAAGCAUAAAAGGGUCAGUUACAAGUUCCAUUCAUAAAUGCACCAGUCUUCACAGUGACUUGUUACAAUUACUUGAAAUCGUUCAUAAAAUUGGAGAUAAUAAGGAGCUCUGCCUUAUAGCCAGCAUAAAAUGUAAACAUAUCAUACAGCAGGCAUUGACUCUGCUUGGAAAGUCUGUCAAGGUGUUUAAGGCCCAGGGGAAGUCUGAGCACAAUGUGAGAAUAACAAGUGAUUCAAACACAUGCUGGAUCCAAGCUAUAUGUGCUCUCCCAGAUGGGCAGGUCCUGGUUGCAGACAACGAUAAUAAGAGAGUCAAGCUUCUGAGCCAGCAGUACCAGGUGGUGAGUCACUGGGAUGUGAAUGCUUAUCCACAGGCCAUAUGUUUGAUCACACCCAGUGAGGUUGCUGUGGCUGUGAAUAUUAGCAACAUACAUGAGGUCCAGUUUAUCACUGUUAACCAGGGAAAGCUUGUUCCUGGCAGGAAGUUUCAGUUACAACAUAAAUGUACAGGUAUUGCCCAUCACCAAGGAGACCUUUUUGUCACCUCUGGAAAAGAACUGUACAAAUACACACUGAGUAGCAAACUGAUCUGCAGACUCUAUGAAGAUUUGGAUUAUACACCUAAAACAAGGUUCAGAAAUAUUGAUUUAUAA